UUUCAAUUCUAAAGAGACAAAUCAAUGUGAGAUAUUGAGACGAGUUUUCAAUAGAUUUGUGCGAACUCUAGAUUGAAUGGUACAACUAGCUGAAUCAGACUCUACUGUAAUGUCCUCUAGUACGGGGUUUCCAACCCUGUACCCCGGCCAGCAACAACAGCUCAUGGGGUCCAUACACAAUAUACCAAGGGGCUUGGGCCAAGCACUGCACUCUCAAGGUCUUCAGGGGAGAAUAACACCGACACAGUUCGGGAACAGACCUGGGUCCAAUCUCGGAAUGAACUUCAUGGGAAAUAAUUCUGCGAGUAGAAAUCCUCUUUUCUCCAGGAAAAUGGGUGAGGGACCUGCGUCCUUUGAUCCAAGUGAUUUCCCAAGUUUAGCACCUGGUGUGGGAUCUGGUAUUGGUGGGAUGCCUGGUAGACCUAACUAUGUUGGUAUGGUUAAGCAACCAACAGAUCAUUCCUCGGAUUUUCAAAUGUCUAAUGAAGAUUUCCCAGCACUUCCAGGAGCUCCUCCUAGUGGUCACGGUUCAUCCGGGAGUAUUAUGGACUCCCUGAAGAUGCCUGUAAUGACUCCAGAACAAGAGUUAAAACAUCAGCAGCAGGCUAGGAAGGGAAUUCAAACUUCUCCAGACGGUAUGGUAACAAAUAUUCCGUCAACGAUGGUUGUUGAUCAGUUUGGAAUGAUUGGUCUGCUCACCUUUAUCCGGGCAGCAGAGACAGAUCCUAACCUGGUUUCUCUUGCUCUGGGUACAGAUCUUACCACGCUAGGACUCAACCUUAACUCAGAGGUUACUUUGUUUCCAACAUUUGGUGGACCUUGGGCUGAUACUCCUUGUAGACCUCAGGAUAUUGAUUUCCAUGUACCUCAUGAGUACCUUACAAAUACUACUAUCAGGGAUAAAUUAGCACCUGUAAAACUGAACAGAUACAAAGACGACAUUCUAUUCUUCAUGUUCUACACUAAUGUUGGAGAUGUUCUACAGAUGGCCGCUGCAGCAGAGCUACACAACCGGGAUUGGAGAUACCACAAGGAGGAAAGAUUGUGGAUAACCCGUGCUCCUGGGAUGGUUCCGUUAGAGAAGACACAAACUUACGAGAGAGGGACAUACUACUUCUUCGAUGUAUCAACGUGGAGGAAAGUUCCCAAAGAAUUUCAUUUGGAUUAUGACAAGCUAGAGGACCGACCCUCCCUGGCAUCUGCUCCUCCUGGUUCUGGACCUUCUCCUGGUCCUACUGGAGGAUCCCCUGGUCCCAUCGGUCCACAGAAUACACAGCAAGGAGGGUUGUAAUAACAUGCUCACAAUACAACAUUCAUAUACAACACUCAAAGGUGACCUGAUGAAUUCAUUGCUCGACAAAGCAGAGAUCCUAUUUAGCAUCCUUAUAGGACAUUUUAGACCAAUAAUUUAUUUCAAAAAUAUAUUUUUCCUGAUCCGUCAAUCCAUCUCCCCUACUCCAUCCUGAACCCUCUGCUCUUGGUUGUGAGGAGUGACUCAGCUGGAAUAUUGAGUUAAAAUGUAAAUUGAGUUCAACUCAACUCGUGAAGCCUGUCCGUUUGUUUUCGUCAACCUGUUCAUGAUCAUAACAGCGGCCCAACCAACUUUGUUAUAUUUUGUUAAAAAGUAUUAUACAUAAUUUUUAAAUAUUAUAGAAUUGCAUUUUUGAACCAAUAAUGAGUUUAUUAUUUGAA